AUGAAGACUUCCCCUCAAUCUUUCUAAAGGGAAAAUGAAGAAACUGUAUGGCAUACUCGGAAAUAACGCUAAGAGACUGAGAAAGAUAUCUUAUUGAUGAAGAAUAGACUUAAAUUAUUGAAGAGAGGGGAUGCUCAGUUAUCUAAGAGAAUUGAUGAAACUAAAAAGAAAACAAAAUCCAUGGUUGAACUGAAAAUGAAUCAUCAUACAUAGAUUGAAUAAAAAAAACUAAGUUAGAAGAAUGACGAAGUAAUGUUGAAAGAUAAAUAGAAAUUAAAUUAUAGUCUUAAAAAAUAACAAGAAGAAUAAUUGGAGCUGAUUAAGAAAGCUAUGGAAUAAAUCAAAUUAGAAGAAUACAAAAGAAUUAAAGAAAUAUCUAUCAAGAACUCUGAAGUCAUUAGUAAAUAAAAGUAAGACUUUAUGGUAAAGAACAGAGAGAGAAGAGAAUUGAUUAAGGGAAAUUUAUCAAAAUCAAAAACUAAUGUAUCUCUGUUUUGGAAUGAGAAACUAUCUCAUAUUCAGAAGGACAAUUAAAGGGCAAAAUUGGAAAAUAAGAGAGCUAGCGAAUACAAUAGGGCUUUAUAGGAAAGGUUGGAAAUGGAAGAGUCAUAUAUGAUGCAAAAAUUGAUGAGAUCACAGGAGGUUUAGAAGAAAUUGACAUCAAGAUUGGAAAAAGCCAAAAAUCUACCUCUGGAUGAGUACAAUCAUAUGAUCAAAGAAGAAGAAGAACUUAAUAGACAUCUUAAAACGAAUAAGAGUGCUGAAGUACCCAGAUGGUUACCUACUCCUGAAAAGGAAAUCUUUGAAACACAGAUCUUCUAGACUGAACCAGCACAAGAUUCUGAUUAAUAAAAAUAAGAUGGUGACCAAUAAGAUUAGUAAGGUUGAGAUAUUCAUUUUUAUAUCAAUAAUAAUUUUACAGGAUUUAUUAGUAAA